UAUUUCUCUUCUCUAUAUAUUAUUCAAAUCUUUUGCAAAUCUAGAGAGAGAUAAAAACCGCAGAUUGGAGGGAGGGAGGGAGAGAGAGGGGUGUCGGCCAAUGGCUGAUUCUAGCGACUCUGUUUCCAUUGACAUGGAGACGAUCUCUCCUGGCGGAAAGGAGCACGUCAUAAAAACUGCCUUUGGUUCUGUAUCGGUAGCCGUUUUUGGAGAUCCGGAUAAGCCCGCCCUUGUUACUUAUCCUGAUUUAGCAUUAAAUUAUAUAUCCUGCUUUCAAGGGCUAUUCUUUUGUCCAGAAGCAUUUUCCUUGCUGCUCCAUAACUUCUGCAUCUACCAUAUUAAUCCUCCUGGGCAUGAGUUGGGUGCAGCCAUGAUUAAGCCUGAUGACCCAGUGCUGUCUGUGGAUGACUUAGCAGAGCAGAUUGUUGGGGUUCUUGACUAUUUUGGACUUGGUUCAGUGAUGUGUAUGGGGGUGACAGCUGGAGCUUAUAUCCUAGCCCUGUUUGCUAUUAAAUACACACACCGUGUUCUUGGUUUAAUACUUGUCUCCCCUCUAUGCAAAGCACCGUCAUGGACAGAAUGGUUGUACAACAAGGUGAUUUCAAAUUUACUUUACUUUUAUGGUAUGUGUAGCCUGGUUAAGGAAUUUUUGCUUAUGAGAUACUUCAGCAAGGAAGUUCGUGGUAAUUCUCAAAUACUAGAAUCUGAUAUCGUUCAUGCAUGCAGAAGAUUGCUAGAUGAGAGGCAGAGUCCAAAUGUUUUGCGGUUUCUUGAAGCUAUUAAUGGGAGAAGAGACAUUUCUGAAGGGCUGAAAAAACUGCAAUGUCGGUCUUUAAUAGUUGUCGGGGAGAAUUCUCCUUUCCAUGCAGAGGCUCUGCACAUGACCUCAAAACUAGAUAGAAGAUGUAGUGCGUUGGUUGAGGUUCAGGCAUGUGGCUCGAUGGUAACAGAGGAACAGCCCCAUGCCAUGCUGAUACCUAUGGAAUACUUCCUCAUGGGAUAUGGCUUCUACCGGCCAUCUCAAUUCAGUGUCAGCCCCAGAAGCCCCUUGAGUCCUACUUCCAUCUCCCCGGAGCUAUUCUCACCCGAGAGCAUGGGCUUGAAGUUGAAGCCAAUAAAAACAAGAAUCUCAGUGAAAGUGUGAAAGACGACAAAGCCAGGUAGGUACAGGAUUUUUGUAUAUUUACAGAAAAGAGUUUGUGUUCAUUUUGUUGUAUGGGAAUCGAAGGAAGGAAAUUACUGGAGGAUUGUAGAUAAGAAAGGGAGAAGAACCAAUAAGCAAAGAUGUUAGAAAGAGAGGUUGGUUGGGAUUCUUUCAUUUGUAAUCGUAAGUGUUAGUUGAGGCCAAUUUGUCUGUAAGCCCAAGAAACAACUGUGUACCAUAACCAAUAAGCAAUAUUUAAUAAGAGUUGGCAGCCGAAUGAAUUGUUUGUUUC